CUUCAAUAAGAGGAAAAGAGAACCAUAAAUGAAGAAAUGGUAAGAAAGAUGGUGAAAGACUAGAAACCCAAAGACAGGAAAAUUUUAAAUAUGAUAGAACAUAUAAGUUAAAAACAAUACUAAGUUUCCCAGAAAUUAGACUUAACAUGGAUGAAAUUUACAGAACUAGGAUACCCUUAGUAUUAAAUACCAAAUUGCAAGUUUCUAAAGACCAAAUGGAAUGGAAGGAUUUUAAAAAAAAAUUUUGCAAAAUGAUUCAAUAAUAAUAUCUAAUC